AAAUAAGAAAAGGUUAUUUCUAGGGUUAGGUCUUUUCCCCCCUUUGAUAAUUUCACCCCUCUUUAUUCUCUUUCUUAAUUUCAUCACCAAAUCAAUUUAUAUCUAUCUAUAUACACAUUUAUAAUUCAAUUCACUCUCUCUUUCUUCUUAAAGUUUCAAUCUUUUUAGCUUUUGCAUGUUCUUUUAUACAUAAGCGAUCGAUUGCCUGUGUAUUUGUAUGCAUAAUUUUCACAGACUUCCGUACACCUUUUCAAUCACAUCUUUUUUGCUUUGAAAUUUGAUCAAUUUCAGCGUUUUAGUACUCAAUUAAACUUCUGAGUGGAUGUUGCCUUCUAGUAUGGAGUAUUCGGGUGAAGGUGGUCCGGCUGCAGCAGCCGGGACGGUGUUAGUUACUACAAGAUUUGUGUGGCGUUAUGGGGGAAGAAGUGUGUAUCUUAGUGGUUCUUUUACAGGGUGGACUAAGCAUUUUCAGAUGACUCCCGUGGAGGGUUGCCCAACUGUUUUUCAGACUAUAUGUAGCUUACCGCCAGGUUUCCAUCAGUACAAAUUUAUUGUUGAUGGUGAAUGGCGACACGAUGAGCACCAAGCCUUCGUUAAUGGUAACUUUGGAACGGUCAAUACUAUCCUUGUGUCUAGGGAGUCAAACUAUAUUGCUACAAACCAGAGUCCACAUAUUCCUUAUGGUUCCAGCAUGGAGGUGGACAAUGAUACCUUUCAGCGUGUGGUAAGAGUUUCUGAUGGAACAAUGCAUGAGGCCGUGCCAAGGAUAUCGGAAGCAGAUUUAGAAGUCUCACGCCAUCGUAUUUCUGUAUUCUUGUCCACACACACAGCUUAUGAAUUGCUUCCAGACUCGGGCAAGGUUAUUGCGCUUGAUGUUAAUUUACCUGUAAAGCAAGCAUUUCAUAUUCUGCAUGAACAGGGUCUUACUAUUGCGCCUCUUUGGGACUUCGACAGAGGGCAUCUUGUUGGUGUUCUUAGUGCAUUGGACUUCAUUUUAAUAAUGAGAGAGCUUGGUACCCAUGGGUCUAAUCUGACAGAGGAAGAACUUGAUACUCAUACUAUAUCUGCCUGGAAAGAAGCAAAAUUAUAUAUGAACAGACCAAAUAACGAGCAUGGCAGUGCAUUUCCUAUUCAACUUGUCCAGGCAGGGCCAAGCGAGAAUUUAAAAGAUGUUGCAUUGAAGAUUUUACAGAGUGGUGUUGCUACAGUGCCUAUUGUCCAUUCAUCUUCAGAGGAUGGAUCAUAUCCUCAACUGCUGCAUCUCACAUCUCUGUCUGAAAUACUAAAAUGUAUAUGCAGAUACUUUAGGAAUUCUUCUGGGUCAUUGCCUAUACUCCAGUUGCCAAUAUCUGCAAUACCUCUGGGCACUUGGGUUCCAAAAAUUGGAGAGUCAAAUCGACGACCAUUAGCAAUGUUGAGACCGAAUGCCUCUCUUAGUGCAGCAUUAAAUUUGUUAAUUCAAGCUCAAGUUAGCUCAAUACCUGUAGUGGAUGAUAAUGAUUCGCUGUUGGAUGUUUACUCUCGAAGUGACAUCACCUCUUUGGCUAGAGACAGAGUUUAUACUCACAUUAAUUUGCAAGAAAUGACUAUUCAUCAGGCGUUGCAGCUUGGUCAAGAACCAUACUCUCCAUAUGGUAUCAGCAGUCAAAGAUGCCACAUGUGUUUGCGGUCUGAUCCGCUACAUAAAGUGAUGGAGCGAUUGGCGAAACCAGGUGUGAGACGGCUUGUCGUGGUGGAGGCAGGAAGUAAACGUGUAGAGGGCAUCAUAUCUCUGAGCGAUGUUUUCAGGUUCCUGCUCCAGUAAAAGGAAGACAUGUAAUUUAUCACAAUUCUUUUAAAUAUACAGCUGGGCAAAUUGGGCUAUCUUCAUAUACCUCGUGGCCUAAUUUUUAGGAUAUUAGGUUUCAGAAUGAGGUAUGUAAAUUAAGAAUUGGUUGUUCUCUGCAAUCUUUUGAUUCAUCUCACCCACCUAUAAAUUGAACUGUACCGAGAAAUGUAAUCGACUUUUUCUGUAAAGGCCGUGCGACUUGUUAACAUUUCAAUGAGGAUACUGAUGGAAAGAGAUGAUAAAUUAGGAACACAAGAAAAUGUUCAAGGCCUUUUCUUGUUCUUGUUA